AUGGUCUCGCGUAAUCCAACCAAGAUCGGCAACAAAAUCAAGCGCAAAGAACAACACGUCAAAGCAAAAAGAGCAAAAGAAAACGAAAAGCGCGACGAUAGACUGCGCCGCAGACGCACAGAAGACAAGAACCCUGCAUUGAGGGAAGCGCGCAGAGCAAAGAACAUCCCGCAAACAAUCGACAGAAAGAGAACGUGGGAUACUGCAGGUGAUGGCGAGGAGAGCGACAAGUUGGGGUUGAGUGUGGAUUUGAAUGCGAUCAAGAGGAGGAAGAUUGAAGAUGAAGAGGACGAGGCUGAGCAAGAGGAAGAUGCAGAGGAGGAAAAGGACAGUGAUGCAGACUCGAUGAUCGACUUUGACGAGGACGAAGACGAUGAAGACGACGACGAAGACACCAAAGCCGCAAAACAGCAAAAGAAGGACGAGGCCUUAGCAGCAAAGAAAGCUCGCGCGCCCUCGCCAACACCCUCGACGGCAGCAACAAACCUGUCCCUCACCCCCGAAGGCCUAGCCUCUAAAUUCCCUUCUCUGUUCGAGCAAAGCGACAAAGAUCCUAAAGUUCUGGUCACAACGAGCAUCAACAGUUUCCUGCACCAAGAAGCCGCUCUGCUCACAUCUCUGUUCCCCAACUCGGUCUACAUCAAGCGCACAGCACACUUCCACGCCCACAAAUACUCCGUCAGCGAAAUUUCCUCUUUCGCUUCAAACAGAAACUACACACACGUCGUCAUCCUCAACGAAGACCAAAAGAAGCCUGCAGGACUGGAUAUCGUACACCUUCCCAACGGCCCCAUGUUCCACUUUUCCAUCUCAAAUUGGGUGGAAGGUGCAAAGCUCCCCGGUCACGGAAACCCUACUUCGCAUGAUCCUGAACUCAUCCUCAACAACUUCCGCACUCCGCUAGGUCUGUUGACUGCUCAUCUCUUCCGCCAAAUCUUCCCACCGCAACCGCAGGUUCAAGGACGUCAGGUUGUGACGCUACACAACCAGCGCGAUUACAUUUUCGUUAGAAGACACAGAUACGUCUUCCGCGACAAGCGCGCGACCGAGAAAAGCAUUGUGGGUCCAGAUGGAAAAUUGGUCGAAGGUGUGGAGGACAUCAGAGCUGGACUGCAAGAGCUGGGACCCAGAUUUACACUCAAGUUAAGAAGAAUCGACAAGGGUAUCCAAAGAAGGAGUGGACAGGAAUGGGAAUGGAAGGCUGGUGACGAGAAGGUUAGAACGAGAUUUGCUCUGUAA